UUUAUUUGGCGCUGAGACGCGACCGCUGUCAGUCAGUCAGUCAGUCCAGCUCUACUCCGGUGGUCUGUUUAUCUUACAGAGACGCUUUCUCUUACAGUGAAUGGAAUCACCACAAAAAUGCGUUGCUAAUAAAUGUGUUUCUGCAAUAUGAAGAAUGGAAGAAGACGAUGUGACGAUCAGAGAGCAGAAUUUCCACAGCCAAGUGCGCGAGUACAUUGUCUGCUUCCUCUUGUUUGCAGUGCUGUACAUUGUGUCGUACUGCGUCAUCUCACGCUACAAGAGAAAGAGCGAUGACCAGGAAGAUGAGGAUGCCAUCGUCAACAGAAUAUCUAUGUACCUGUGUACAUUCACACUGGCAGUGUCAGGAGGGGCUGUCCUUCUCUUACCAUUUUCUAUAAUCAGUAAUGAGAUUCUGCUCUCCCUACCAAAAAAUUACUACAUACAAUGGCUCAACGGAUCACUCAUUCAUGGCCUGUGGAACCUGGUGUCCCUUUUUUCAAAUCUCUGUCUCUUCGUGCUGAUGCCUUUUGCCUACUUCUUCCUGGAGUCCGAGGGCUUUGCCGGUUCGAAAAAGGGUAUAAAGGCUCGAGUGCUGGAGACAUUUGUCAUGCUCUUUCUGCUGGGUCUCCUCAUCCUGGGCAUUGUAUGGGUGGCGUCCGCUCUCAUCGACAAUGAUGCCGCCAGCAUGGAAUCGCUCUACGAUUUAUGGGAGUUUUAUCUGCCGUACCUCUACUCCUGCAUCUCUCUGAUGGGAGGCCUGUUGCUGCUUAUGUGUACUCCAGUAGGACUGUCACGCAUGUUCACAGUGAUGGGCCAGUUACUAGUCAAACCCACAAUUUUAGAGGAUCUGGAUGAGCAGAUUUAUUGUAUACAGCUGCAGGAAGAGGCCUUGGAGCGUAGACUUAACGGUAUGAUGUCAAACUCUUAUUUCCAUGGAAACUCUCAGCACCAUCUCUACAAAGAGCUGGACAACAUUCGCAAUCAGAGGAACAAACUCGGUGAGAGAUGUUUUUACCAACGUUUAAUUAAACUACAUGAGAGAGGUAUUGGCAAUGCCUCCUUAUCCACGUUUGGAGUCGCCCAGGCGGUUGUUGAAAUCAUUCUCAUGUUUUAUCUGAUGGUCUCAUCUGUGGUCGGCUUCUAUAGCCUUCGUAUCUUUCAGGAGCUCACUCCCAGAAAGGACGACACCACCAUGACAACGAUCAUUGGUUGCUGUGUAUCCAUUCUAGUGCUGAGCUCGGCCUUGCCUGUGAUGUCCCGAACACUUGGAAUAACAAGGUUUGAUCUCCUGGGUGAUUUUGGACGAUUUAAUUGGCUUGGAAAUUUUUACAUUGUACUUUCGUACAAUCUUCUGUUUGCUGUGGUAACCACAUUGUGUCUGGUCCGAAAAUUCACAUCUGCUGUGCGAGAGGAACUCCUCAAGGCCCUCGGUCUGGAUAAAUUAAAUCUGUCCAACAGUACAACAGACGCAGAGUCAGGGAAACAUGCUGUCAACGGGCAUCAGAAAACUCUGUGAGAACAAAAUCGAGCCAUUCUCACACAAACUCAUGUAUAUGCAGUUGGAUCUUUCAUUUUAAGAGUAGUAGUGGUAUACAUUCAGAAAGCACCAAAAAACACAAAAAAAAAAAAAAUAGUUGAAGUGCUUAGACUCGGAGUCACCCAGCAUGUAGAAUAUGUCCAUCACUCAUUUGAGCAAUCAAUGAUACAGUAGUGUAUGUACCUCUGAACCUCACUGCAAAAUGCUUCCAGCUCUAACCAGUUUGAGAUUCAAAAUGAUUUCAUUUGGGUUAACAGUGUUUGUUGUUCAGCUUGUAAGUCUUUUCAUUUCAAUUCUCUUAAAGGGAUAGUUCACCCAAAAAUGAAAAUUCUGUCAUUAAUUACUCGCCCUUAUGUCGUUCCAAAGACCCUUGUUCAUCUUCGGGGAACACAAAUUAAGAUACUUCGGAUGAAAUCUAAGAGCUUUCUGACUCUGCAUAGACACCAAUGGAACUGAGAUGUUCCCAGGCCCAGAAACAUAGUAAGGACUCUCUGUAAAACAGCCCAUGUGAUUGGUUCUACCGUAAUUUUACAAAGCUACCAGAAUACUUUGUGUGCUAAUAAAACAAAAAUAAUGACUUUAUUAAAUAAUUCUUCUCCUCCAAGUCACUUGGAAUUGUUAUUUUCGUUUUUUUUUUUUUGCGCACAAAAAAAUAUUCUUGUAGCUUUGUAAAAUUACGGUUGAACCACUGAUGUCACAUGGACUACUUUAACAAUGUCCUUUCUUCCUUUCUGGGUGUUAAAGGGACAGAAAGCUCUUAGAUUUCAUCAAAAAAUAAUCUUAAUUUGUGUUCUGAAGAUGAACGAAUGUCUUACAGGUUUGAAACAUAGGGGUGAGUAAAAAAUGACAGAAUUCAAAUUUUUGGGUGAACUGUCCCUUUAAGUGAGAAAAUGUUGUUUUCUUGCCGACCUGCGCACCUAAAAGGCCUCCUGACUGCACCCUUCAAUGAGGGAUAAUUAUUAUUAUUUUUAUUAUCUAUAAUUUUUCUCUAGUUUAAUUAGGGGAAAUAUUAAGCUGUUUGCCAAGCUGAUUAUUUCAGGUGUAAUAAAGCAUGCAUUAGUCUCAGUUAGGGCAUAUCAUUUCCUCCUGAAUUAUUUGUGACAUUUUGCACCCUUGUAGAUCAGUAUUUUGUAAAGUUAAGUGGAACUUUUGGCAAAUUUGGACCUAAGGGCAGCUCCCAUAAAAACAGCACACAAAUGCCAUAUAAACAUCUUUGAUAUUGACAAGAAAGACACCUUUAUUACAUCUAAUAUUAGUACUUGUAUUAGAAACUGUUGCAGAGCGUUUAAAUUUAACACUGGGAAAGAAAUCUCAACGUAUAUAACGGACACAUAUUUAAUGCCAAAUGAACUGGUUCUUAUGCAAAUAAGGCACAUUGCAAAAUCCCAAUCUACAAGCAAAAUGUGAUAGCCAGUCAAUGCAUUGGUAGAUAGCUGUCAAAUUUAUUGCUUGAAGUGUAGAGUGAGUUUUGUAAUCUUUGUCUGCCAUUGCAUAUGUUUACAUUCACUUUAAGAUGAAGAUCAAUUAUUUAUAAUUUGAUCAGUUAUAAAUGAGGAAGCGUUAUGAUUUUAGUUUCCUCAUGCUUUACUGUGACAAUUCAGGUUUGUUGGAUGUGACAGAAUUAAGUCAUGGGAAUGAACAAGGAAACUCCCCAAACAUGUGCCUUACUCACAAUUUUGGCAUAUUCUGGGUAGUAUCAGAAUGUUACUAAGAGUGGAGGAGCCUACCUGCCAAAUUUCUUCUUGCACUGUAACCGCUCUUGUCGUUUUCAUUGGUAGGCAAGGUUCAGAAGUGGAUAUUAUGGGUUCAAGUCACUAC